AUGCGCCAGGCAAGUUUCACAGUUGGCAGGGCCCUGCCAGCAAUUCUGCGGCAGCGACACGCAGUUUCCAAAGUGGACAUAAGCAGACUUCUUUCUCGCGUCAUCCACUUUGUUCCGACCUUCCUGCAUGGCUCUCGCUUUCUCUGUCGAUUCGUACCUUUUUCACCCAGAACCGCGGCAGGCCGCACGACACUGACUACGCGCACGAUCACAUUCAGAGGGCGACCAUUGGCGAGCUAUUCUCUGAGUCUACGGGUACUUUCCUACGCCAUAUCAACGUACUCGAUAAGCCUGCCGAUCCAUCGGCCGCUACUGUCACCGACUUCACUGCCCAGGGACUCGGACCUGCAUUUCGACCCUCAGCUGAUGGCAACAGCGUCACAUCGGAAAAAGGCGCGCUCUGCAUUCUUUCAGGGGCACAACACGAGCCUCUUGAUGAGAUGA